ACGUUACAUCUGAUGUUCGGCAGCCGCUAUUCUACACACAGGCUCUAUAGGAUUACAAAAUAAUGGGCAAAGUUGUUAAUGUCUCAUUCCAUGAAAAUAAAAUCUUGUUUGAGUGUGAAGAGUGUAAUGAAAUCAAUGUUGGACUGUCAGAAUCGAUUAAGUUUCUCCAAAACAGCAACUCACUUGCAUGUGCAGGAAUAUAUCGCUUAGUUAACUACGCGCAGGGAGACAAAAGCGAAACCCGACGGAAAUAAUACUUUUAAGACUGACAUUUAACUGUUGUGUUUAUUGUUUUAAAACAUAGUGCAAUUGUAAAUUUAAAUAAAAAUGAUCCAAGACGAAAUCGAAAGGAACUCUUCGCCGACGGGUUUGAAAAUGUCUACAAAAGCGUCGGCUUUCUCCAUCGCCGCAAUAAUUGGUGAACAACCAUUGAAAAGAUCGGCGGAUAAUGUAUCACCGUCUAUAAGCGACUCAGAAUCGGACUCUGUCAGAGAUACAGAUUCAGUCCGGGAUGAGUGCGUCUCACCAAACGACUCGGGCGCUUUCUCACCCGUACGAACGCCCAGCCCCGUCGUUGCGUGUCCCGACUCCCUAAUCGCCGUUAAAUGCAAACUUGAGACGAGAGAAUUAUGGGAAAAGUUCAGUGAGCUCGGAACUGAGAUGAUAAUUACAAAAAGCGGCAGACGGAUGUUUCCAACAGUGAGAGUAUCAUUUACUGGACUCGAAUCCACUGCUCGUUACGCCGUGUUGAUGGACAUUGUACCUUUGGAUAAGAAACGAUACAGAUAUGCUUAUCACAGAUCCUCCUGGUUGGUUGCAGGCAAGGCCGACCCUCCACCCCCACGCCGUCUGUGUAUGCACCCGGACGGAGCAUUCACGGGAGAACAACUCAUGAAGCAGACGGUAUCGUUUGAGAAGCUGAAACUAACCAAUAAUACACAAGAUAAAAGUGGACAGAUCGUUUUGAAUUCAAUGCAUAAAUACCAACCUAGAAUCCACAUAGUGAAGUUGUCAGAAGGAACGAAAGUCCCACCCCCUUCAUUAGAUGAGGAAGAACACAAAACAUUCGUGUUUACAGAGACUAUUUUCAUUGCUGUGACAGCAUACCAAAAUCAACUGAUCACGAAGUUGAAAAUUGACAGCAAUCCAUUCGCAAAAGGCUUUAGAGACUCAACACGGCUUUCUGAGUUUGAAAAUACUGGUAUAGAGGGAAUGUUGCAAUCUCACGGGUACCCAAGAACUCCUUUAAGGUCAUACGGUGACCCCGAAAUGGCAGAUCCACUCCGACUUUCACCCCAAGAAAGACAAAAAGUUUUGGCAGAGGGUUUCGCUUCUGCGUGGAGAACACUUCCAACAACGCUUCCGGUUGCUGUAUCGUCAGCAAAUUAUCCAUCAUUCCCAACGUCAAUCCCAACGUCACUUCCGGCGGAUGUCUCAAUGUUUUCAUCAAUGUACGGUCAAAUGCUUGCGUCUCAGUCAUUGUACAACCAUGAACUUUUGUUACGUAGUCAAUUACUAAAAGGAGCACUCGGAUCUCAUGGUCUUCAUCAUAAACCGACCCUCAGAUAUCAUCCAUAUUUACCAAAUUCAGCAGAAAAAAUUCGAGACCAGUCGUAGAUAAUAAACACUCAUUGUUUUCAUGAAAAUAUAUUGUUGCAAAUAACUUAUUUAGAACUUCUUUUGCGAUAGAAUUUAUAGGCGUAGAUAGCUGUUGGUUAGGUGUUUUUAUUCUCUGAAAGAUCAAGAUCAACGCUUAAAUUGCUGAUAUUUUGAUAUCAAGCAAGUAUUGAUUUGCAAUAAAAAUUUAAUUUUAUAUGUUUAAAAUGAAUGUGUUUUUUUUAAUAAAUCAAUGUAAAUUUCAAUAUAAACAGCAGGACUGAUAUAGUAUAAAUUAUAUAGUGAAAUGUAUUUGUAAGUCAUUUCUUUAUUAGUGUAUUGUGUUCAAUAAAAAGGUGGCUACAUAGAACAUGUCAAAAAUGUAAUAAAUAACUUUCGUCUGACUCUCACACUUUUUAUUUUAUAAUAAAAAUACAUUUUUGCAAAAAAAGAUCUCAAGAUGCCAAACAAGAAAUAAGGAAUGGUUUAAACUUUAAAAUUAGAUUCUUUAACAUGUUGUUAAAUAAUAAAUGGAAUACGAAAAACCAUUUUCUUUUAUCUAUGUUAAAUUAAAGAAACAUACCUACUUACUUAUAGAUGAGUUGCUAACAAGAACUAAACGUUUAUUUUUCUUCCCUCUGAUAUUCUGACAUUUGUGAUGAAAGUACAUGCCGUCUGUUGAGGUUCAAAUUUCUUAUCUGCUAUUUUUAUUUAAAAACUUGUAUAUUUGACAUGUAAACAUUUUUUUUCAAAUGUUCACGAUGGUGCUUAUAACAUAUAUUUUGUUAAUUUAUGUCAUGUUUAGCUAUUUAGAAACAUGGAUAGAAUAAAUGAUAUAUAAAAGUCAAA